GCUUCAGUCCCAACUCUACCGCCUCGCCGCCAGAGGACAGGCUCUCAGGCGUCUCACCGUGCUCGACGACAGUCCACCCUCGACGUCUUACUGCAGAUGGGCUUCAACCAAACACGAGCGCAGAAGGCCAUUGCAGCCACGGGAGACAGAGGGGUGCAGCUCGCAUCUGACUGGUUGAUAUCCCACGUUAAUGACCCCUGCCUGGACCACACCGUACCCAGGGAAUAUGUCCUUUACAUGUGCCCCAUGGGGUCCUUUCAGGGCGAGCUGGCAGACUUCUGGGAGAAGUCGCUGUCUAUCUGUGGGUGGAACGGGGCCCAGGCCUACUUCCCUCACAUCACACUCUGUCCAUUCUUCAAGGCUGAUGAUUGCCUCGUGUCGUACAUUGUGGAGGUUUUCACACAAAUGGAGGACCUGUUACACAAAGCUCCUGGGGACCUAAAGCUGGAGUUCUAUAGUGCUCCAAACUUCAUUGGUCUCUUUGUGUCGGACAAAUACUAUAAAUUUUUAGAAAACUUCACGUCAGCUUUUGCUUCAAAGCUGAAAAAAGCAGGUAUAUCAGUGGAGGCCCACAAAAAGCAACUGCACAUGACGCUGGCUUAUCAGUACCCACAAGAGAAGCAUGACCAGCUGCUGAAGAUGGCUAAAGAGAUCAACCUGGAGGCGGACGUGCGGUGGGACAUCAGGCUGUACUCUCGCGACCCACGUACAGGCCAGAGUGAGGUAAGACGUGUAAUUCAGAAGUACACCCCCCAGGAGCCAGAUGAACUAGAGCUGGUUGAUGGGGACUAUGUUCUGGUUGACCCCAAAGAGGUCAGUAACAGUAAAGAUGGCUGGUACAGUGGCACCUCCUGGGUGACAGGCAAUGUGGGGAUGUUUCCCGGGGUGCUGACGAGUCGCACAGCAGAAACUUGGACCUGGGUGCUGCACAGAUCUCUGCCAGUGCUGUUUCCAGACAGAAGUGUUGAGAAUGCCACCAAUGCGAACCACAACAACGUUCUAGUCAAUCUGGAUGAGGAUAUUGAGUGCUUAUAUGCCAAGGUAGACAAAAAACCAAAGAAUGAAGCUCCAUCUCCCGCGCCACCCACGACCCGUCCCCGUCGUCUGUAUGUGGUUCGUCACGGAGAGAGAGUUGACAAUGUAAUCGGCAGGGAUUGGGUUGACCAGUGCUUUGACAACCAAGGAAACUACGUUAGAAAAGACCUGAACAUGCCCUGGACUGUACCAAAGAGAGGCAACCACCUGGACUUUGUCAGAGACACACCAUUGACUGAGGUGGGCAUGUUACAAGCAAGAUGUACAGGUGAGGCUCUUAAGCUGGCUGGUGUCUCAUUAACUGGGGUCUACUCCUCCCCUUCACUUAGGUGUGUUCAGACUGCUGUCAACAUCCUCAAAGGAUUAGGAGAGCCUGGCCUUGAGAUUAACGUAGAGUAUGGACUAUUUGAGUGGUUAGGAUGGUACCAGCUAGGGUUCCCCUUUUGGAUGACCCCUCAGGCCUUCAGAGAGCAGGGCUAUCCAAUUAACCUAGCCCAUAAGCACUACAUUAGUUCUGAAAUGCUGUGGAAACACUCUGAUGAAAGCGUGGAGCAAUACUACAAUCGUUGUUCCAAUGUCACUCGCUACAUCUUACAGAAACAUAAUUCAGGUGGUAAUGUGUUGAUUGUGGCACAUGCUGGUUCCCUGGAUGCCUGCACCCGACAACUAACGGGAAAGAUCCCAAGGUCAAGGUCAGGUUUUCAGGAACUGGUUCAGAAAAUCCCCUACUGUGGAAUCUGUACUUCUGAGGAGACGAUCAGCACAAAGAAGUGGCAGCUGGUCGAACCACCUAUCCCUUCAUUCACAAAUGGCACAAAUAGAAAAGGUGACUGGAAAGUCAUGCUCUCCUGAAGAAGACUGACCUAAAGUGCUGAUCUGUCCCCUAUAAGCUAGAAGAGAACCAGGGGGUUCUAUCAUGGAUUUGAGGAGGCAAUAGGAUGAUAUAAAGAUGAAGAAGAUGUAUGGGAUAGCAGUGUGUGAUUGUUCACGCUACGUUAUGUCAAAGUGUAAUCCGAUUUAUGGUAACAAAAUCUGAUUUAUGGUAACAAAAUCUGAUUUAUGGUAACAAAAUCUGAUUUAUGGUAAUACAAUCUGAUGGACACAAGACAUGCUAGACUGAAACAGAUUAUCCGUGGUGUUAAUGCUAUGUGGUACUGAAAAUGAACAGUAUCUAAGUUAUCCCACAGUUUCUUAAGAACUAUAUGAACGCCUAGGCUAAUAAUAUGUGUCAUUGAAGCACCUGAUUACACACUGUCCUGUUUAUGAUACAUUGGGGAAGACAGAUUGAGAUGAAACUUUGAGAUGGCAUUUUUGGUGGCAUUUUGAGUAUUAUUUUAAGCAAGGUGAAUAAUGGUCUGGCUUUAGAUCUGUCUUAAUUUAGAUUGUAAAGCAGAUGUUGGCAUGAAACCAAAGGAAACCAAGGUGUAAGAUCAUUCCUUUGGUGCCAAGGUCAAAGGUCAUAAAAGUCUACAGGUAAAAUGGUGAACAUUGGGUAGAGUUUCAAGAUUCUGCCGUCUUUCAGUCACAAAUACCAGGCCUAACAUUUUGGUUUUCAGAAGCUUGGUGGGUGCAUCAAGAUUCUGAAUUUUUAGAACCUUUUUGACCCUUGUUUUGAGUGUCACGGUAUAUUGACAAUCAUGUGACCUUUACCUUGUGUGUACUUUACCUUUGCUUAUGUUUUGAAAACUUCUUGAAAAAUGUUAAUGGACAGAAAAUAUAUGCCACAAGACUUUGAUGUCAAAGGUAUGUGAAUGUGUUCUUUGAUAUCAGACAGAAAUGUGCCAGUGUAUCUGUGAUUCUUUAUGUAAGUGUCAUCCAGUCUCUGCCACUCUGACUGUGUUGGCUAAAGAUUUGGUAUCUGUUUUACACUAGGUCUUUUAGGAGGAUUAAAAACACAAAGGCCCAUAGUUGUCUUUACAUUGUUGUUUGUGUACAUUUGAUGUCAACACAAUGACUCUAAACGUAUAUGACUAGUGCCCUUCUGGAUGUGCAGAGUUGUUUUAUAUGUAAAUAGUUUGCAAAUGUGUACAUAUAUACAUCGCUGAGUGCAAACAAUCCUUUAUCUACGUUUUUAAAUAGGAUUUCACAUAUAUGUUGUAUGUGUGGGGAAAGUCAGUCCACCUGUAGUUGUUGAUUCAGGUAUGAUAUGGUAUGUUAUUGUGACACUGAUGUAGGUUUUACUUUGUGUGGCUGAUCGCUCACGGUUGAUUACCCUAAUUUCUCAACCUUUUAAACAGCCUCUGUAACUAAUAUUUUGAAAUGUUCUGAGAGAACUGUAGGGUGUGAAGACAUGAUUUGCACAGAUUUAUAAAGCUUGCAUCUUUAAUGACACAGACAAAUAAUUUUUAUCGUCAUUUCAUAAUAAUUGUAAAUUCUGCUGAAAACAGUGCUUUGGUGUUUGUAAAGGUUGAAGACUUACAGUACUUAGACUCUUGUUUUACUGGUGAUCAGUCCUGCAGAUCAAUGAGUUUGAUUUAAUUGUCACUGACCUAAUGAGUUCAUUCUUCAUAGUUUGUGUCAAUUUGAGGAAUUAUCUUUUGGGUUGAAUCUUUUAAUCUGAAUGUGAUACAAGGAAUUAAGGUACUUUAAGGAUUUUCAGUUCUAAUUACUAACAAUUUAUCAUCACCUGCGUUCCAUUUGGCUUAAUAUCUGCACCAGGUAGGUUCAUCACUAGAUGCAGACAUACAUUUAUGGUAUUUUAGUAAAGUUUAGAGUUUAGACCACACACUGGUGACAAUAAAUAAUAAUUGUUGAAGAGAUUAACAAGUUUCUAUGGAAUCAGUAUCAUAUAAGAUAUGUGAACGUUCAAAAUUAUUUUUAUUUUGUCAUCAGGGAGAUACUAAUAGCUACCUAUACCUCAGCAGCACAAACUCACAGUGUGUAUCCAGGUGAAAAUUGUAGCCUAGUCCAUGAUGUGGUGUUUUAACUUACAAUGUGCUUAUUCGCUACAACACAGGCAAUGUGAGGACUUGCCGAACAAGAUGGUGCCAAAAUUUCACAGAUUUUUCUACAGUUGCGUGCAAGAUAAGUGUUGACCCAAACGCCAUUACAAAACAUCUGAAUGGAAUUACCAGGGAUAGCAAAUAUUUGGGUAAAGAUUUUACCUUCGGAUUUCAAGAUUUCAAUUAUUUGAUGGAAUGACUUUUGUAAAACGCUCUUCAUGCAAGUUUUAAGAAGCUCAAAAUGUUUAUUCUAAAUUGGUGCUCACAAUCAAAAUGGCUUUAAGUCCCUCAAGCAUAUUCUUGCAUUGAUCUCAAAGCAAAAAAAAAAAAGACACAUGCGCUUCAUUCAUCAUAGUACUCCAAAUCGAAACAAAGGUUUUAACACUUUAUGCAUCGUGCACAUGUGGUGAAAAAUAUUUUUUAGCUUUUCAAACAUUCAGCUCAUUUAGUUUUGCACUGCUCCAUUGCCAAAAUCUGAUGCUUGAAUCUCAUUAUAUGUGCGAGAUGAUAAACACUUAAAGAUGUACAGAAUCAGUUCCGAUUGGCUGGUGUGAGAGAUAGGCAUGCCAAGGUUAGGCCCAGCCUAAGCUGAAUUUUAGGUAUGGCAAGAUUUAUUUAUGCCUGACCAAGGCUGCAUGGUUUACCCUAGAAAAAUGCAUCCACUGUCAGCCAAUCAGCGUCGAUUCUGGAUACCUUUAAGGGCUUUGUAUCGACUACAUCAUUGUUGUUGCUCUUUACAUCACAACGGCUUCAAAGGAUUGAAUCCUCAUCUGUUUUAUACUAAACCUAAAACCCUGGAAACUUGUCUUUUGAAGGGAAGGUUCCAGACCUAGCUUGUUACGGAUCAUGUGGUUAGAGGAGUGGGGUUCAUCAGACCCCUGGCAAAGGGAAGCAAAUCUUGUUUCACUGGUUUCAUUGAGGCAGCAUCUGUCAUACUCCACUAUGGUCUCCCAGCCCACUGUACGCUGUAUAGCACACAUGCACACGGAGACCAAACUGGAGUACACGUAGAUACGACCAUUCCUUUACGACUUACAGGAUUUGCUUCCCUUUAUAGGGGCAAACCUUAGUACUCUCCCCAGAUCGGGUGCUAAGAACUACUCAAGGCACGGUAUUAAAGCCCUCUUUUGAUGCUACAUUUAUCCCCGUGAAAAUACUUGACCCACACAUACAGAAUCACAUGAAAAUAUUAUAUCAACUAUUUAAAGAAUGGGUGAAAUUAGUAGAUUUUAAAUUUUGUACUAAAGAUUAUCAAUACUUUGAAAAUAGUACUUACGUUGAAGAAGAAUUGUUCUGAAUUAAAACCAAAACAAGACCCACACUCUAAUUGACAUGGUUUUGUGUUGUACUUAAAAGGUACUGAAUUUGACAGUGUUAAAAGCAGCACUGUUGGUGCUCUACUAGGGCAACAUGCGAGGGGUAAAUUAUCAAAAAGAUAAAUGUUGUCAUGCUUGUGUUUUUCCCACAUAGAGGGUAUUUAUGAAGAUUCAUGCAUAUACCCUAUUAUGUCUAUUGGAUUGUCCAAUUAAAGGGUGGAUCAUCAUCCAAAGUGGGACAAGUUUUUGAAAAAUUAUGCUAAGGGCAAAGCCUGUGAAUUAAGCUCAGUUUCAUUUGUAUAUAAAGGUAGAAAUCUCUGUGAUCAGUUUCACUUGUCAUUUACUUUAUUCAGUACUUUUCUCAAGUAAAUCUCUUGACAUUAAAUUGAUUGAAUAACUCUUGUGUACAAGAAAUGUUUCUUAGAAUGCAGCUGUGUAUUUCCAGAAUAACUUUUAGAGUAAAUAUACAAGGUUUUAUUACAAUACACGAGUGUUUUAACUCUGAAUUCUUAUUUUUACUCUGUAAUGUUUAUCUUGUUGAGUACAUAACUGUGUAUUGUCAAAGUUAAUGAACAUUUGUGAACACUUCCAUUUCCUUUACUGUGAUUUUACUCCAGCCAAACUCUCUGAAAUCAGAAACUGGUUUUGUUUUGUUUUGUAUUUUUGGCUAUUUUUUUAAAAUAGGAUUCCGAGAUGAGAUGUUUUAGUUGAAGCUAUGUAUGAUAUGUAGAUAGACUUCUGCCUUGUCAUUAAGGUUUAAGUGAAUGCUUUUACUGAGAAAACACGUGCCAUUUAAGAUACAUGUAAUUACAAGGACAUUCCUUGCAAUACUUUUGUCUAGAGCAUAAUAUAUGUCUGUUAAAUAUGAAUGUCUGUACAGUAUGAAUGUCUAUACAGUAUGAAUGUCUGUACAGUAUGUAUGUCUGUACAGUAUGAAUGUCUGUACAGUAUGAAUGUCUAUACAGUAUGAAUGUCUGUACAGUAUGAAUGUCUAUACAGUAUGUAUGUCUGUACAGUAUGAAUUGAUUUGUAGUAGACAAUUUGUAUGCGACCACAACCCUUGACACUCGCGCUUUUCAGAGUCAUGCACAUUGCCUACUGGGCUGACCUAACCAUGACUCUUAAGACCUUUGUGCUUUGACUCAGUUUGCAAACUUGUGCCUGUAAUGUUACUUACCAGUGCCGAACAAGGUACAGAAUAGACUCUAAAUCCAACAAAAUUGUGCAGAUAUACAUAUACUGUCUGUGGUAAAAGAAUUGAAAUCAUAUUAUAUGGUAUUCUUUACAUUUGAUACAGUUUUCUGUCAAUUAUUGUAACAGUUGAUGCGGUGAGCACUGCAAACUUGGACAUAUAGAUGGAUUUUAGCCAAUGGCUAUUGAAGAAGUUUAUCACUAACUUAAAGAAACUAUUGGGUUUAUGAUUCAGUCUAGUCUUAGGCUAAUGUCUACUUGUAGGCUAAAAUACUCAUGUUGCUUGAUCAACAGCACAGGAGUUUGAUCAUUCCUGGAAAGCUGGGGCAUAAUAAGGAACAGUAGUUUCCUCCUCCAACCCUAAAGACUUUGAUGUGUUUUUAAUUGUGUGACUGGUCAGAGCAGUUUGCAUCGUGACAUGAAUACGUGCACUUUUUUUUUAUUUAAAGCAGAAGAAACAAAAUGCAAAGCAUCAACAGACUGGCCACUAAAACCAAUUAUAAAAGUACCUAUAACUUUUGUGAACUGAAUUAGACGCUGCCAGAUGUUUGUAUUCUAAGGUUGGUUUUAUUAACCACAUUUAUAAAUUUGUUAGACGUCAGUGAUGUCGCACACUAGAAGAUAGAUUAUAAACGAAAACUGAAAACCAAAAGGGGUCAAUAAAACCACCACAGAUUGUAACUAUUUGCUAUAUUUUAGUUCCAUGGAAAAAAAAGUUUGGUAAAAAAAGCAACUAAGUUUCAGAUAUAUUAUUCAGAGGUUGUGCUGAUUUAGUUCAUUUAUUUUUUUUUUCCAGUUUAAUUUAUGUUUAUGGCGUAAUUUUCAUGGGAGUGCAAUAUGAUUUUCUGUAGUUCUGAUCUCUAUAGAUUGAGGAAAUAAUAUCUAGAAUUGUGGUAGUUUAACAGUCAGGAACAAAUGCUUGUACGUUUUUAUGGAAAUUUUACAAGAAAAUGUGCAAUUUAUGUGCCUAGGAAGAAAGCUUUGUGAGUGUGGUUUUGUGUUUUCAGUUUUUCUUUUCUUGUGAUACUGGGAAACUCCUGGAAUGUAACAUACAUGUAUAAAUUCAAGCUGUUAUACUGAACCAGGUGCCUUGUAAAAUGACACGUGGAGUAAGAGACUUCCCAGAAUCCCGGUUGACAUCUCUAUUUGUGCUGAUUUAUGUAAUAUUUGUGAAAAUUAACCUUUGAAACAAUUUUUUCACAGGUGAGAGAGUGAGUUAGGUAGUUAAGGUGAAGAAAGUAAGAAUUACACCUCAGAUAGAAAGGUCAAAAUUGCUGUGUUGUUUGCUAUAUGUCUUGGCAGGACUGAAUUAUCGUGCACUCGUUGAUUUACUAACAUGACCUUUCCGACCUUUCCAACCAGUCGUGAGGAUUUGACGCGGUUGUGGAAUACAUCUCAGUGAGGAGUAUGCCAAUGGUAAAUAUUUAAAUAUUUAGCGGGUGUAGGGGCUAGCGGAAAUGGAUUUGUAACAUAACUGCUUAAAACCGUUUUUCUUUUCUCUUUUUUUUUUUGACAGACAAGAAGUCAGAAUUUUGUAUGUGUGUAGCUAAUAAAAGAGGAAUGUAAACUGUAAAGGUCAGAUUGAACUAGAUGUGUUUAUGUUCUUAUAUGACGUGGACCAAUGCGAUGUGAAAGAGUAACAAAGCAAGUAAACCAUGAUGAAACCUAAACCUAAAGCAAUUUCUCAGCAAAAGCAUUUUUGUACCUCUUUGUCAACAUUUACUACAUGCAGCUGUGAAUAUUUUGAUAAGUAUUUGUUUUUUGCUACAUUUAGGCCAAUUGUACAAUCGUUAAGAAAACUAUAUUAUGCAUGAAAUUUGUAAACUAUGCUCACAUCGCUUAUGCUCAUGCCUGUAGAUAAUUUGAAGAAUAGGUGUAUGAAUAUUCAUGACGGGAUGUACAUGAAUAUUCAUGAAUGUUUAGUAAGUUUUGACUGUACAUGUAUAUGUAGUUUUCACAUUGCAAGAUUUAGGAAAAGGGUUAUAGGUUUUUUUUUAUGUGCAAGAUAGUGUGUAUCUUGAACAAUUUGCAUUUGAUACCAUAGACGAAAAUGUAAGUAGACAAACAUUUAGGAAAUAUGUUUAUAGAAUUGUCAUUGUAAAAUUCUGCAUGGCUACAAGAAUACAGUAUAGAAAGUAUUUAUUGGCUUGUUGAAUUUGCAAGUUAAUAUAUUUAUAAUCUUUGUUACAUUAAAAUCAUUCCUGGUGUUUUAACUUACAGUAAAAGCAGAUAUGUUGCUCAUUGUUGCACAUUGUAAAUGUUUUAUAAAUAAUUUUACUCCAUGGAAUGAGAGCGACUUGUAUGUAAUAUACCUUGGGUAAAAAUGUUGUUCUGCAACUAAUGUGUUACAAAAUUGCGUAAAUAUUUGUUGGCAUUUAUAGUUUACUGCCAUAAUAUCUAGGCUAUGUAUAUGUUGGUUUUGUGCAGCGUUUUUUUACAGCUCGAGGCGAAAAUACUCAUGUUGUUUUUCAUUUAUAUUCUGAUUGGUUUGAUGUAUUACACGACAAAAGAAUAUUCAUGUGUACAUUAUUGAUGCACUCUUAUAUGUAGGAUAGCAGUUAUAUACUAGAUUAUGAUAUGCCAGUGCUGGUGGUAGGUAGAUUGUGUACGUUUCAGCAACAACUAGCAAACUAAUCUAUGGCCUUAAAAAACCACCCAAACGGAAACACUUCAACAAAUCUUCUUUGCUCUUAGAGAAAGUCAAGCAAAAACCAUUUUGUGAAGAAAAUGUAAUAUGUGCUAACUCUAUCCUAUAAUGCUCCAUUAGAGAUGUAAUAAUGGCAUCCUGUGAUGAGUUAAUUACCCACAUUAUUACUAAUUAGCUUUCUUUGUGAAUGCCAGCAAAAAGGAAAUUUCUCUCCCUCGUUUAAGUAGAUACAUAUGCAUGAUAGGAAACUGGAAAAUAUUUUCAGUUAGUUUUUACCCCAUUUUACCAAAUUUGUGGGGAAACAACUUUUUGAAGAGAGGUUUAAAACCAUCCUUUGGAUGUAAUAUAUUUACACUCAUACUGAAAAUGGAUAUAUAUACAGUAUUACGCUUUAAGGGUAGUAAGAGCAUUUAGGUAAAUAUGUACAUAUAAUCCUCCCAUGUAGAAUUUUUGAUCUGAGAAAGCCCUAAAUUCCAUCUCAACCGUAAAUCAUUAGAUUCGCUGAAAACAGUUAUGUGACUCUUAGACCUGUUCGAUAGAUACUUUUAUAACAAGCAACACUGUUGUUGGCUUCACAAAACUUUGAUACCAUUUUUCCGUUUGAAACGUUAGAAAUUUUUACACAGAUCUUUUCCCAUACCAUGUAAAAAUAACACAACUUUUUGCCACUGGGAAAUCAGCCACUAUAUCUCUGGUUAUGCAGAUGCAGGCCUACAUUACCACACAGCUUUAUGGUUAGUCUGCAUGGGAGUAUUGUUCUUGUUUUUAUCAGCUAUAGAUUUGUUAAUUUGUCACUUGAAGAGUAUAUUGUAUGUCAAAUUUGACAAAAUGAUGAAAGACAAAAAAUGUAAAUAAAAUACUUACUACA